UUAUUUCAAAUGCAAUUUAUUUGAUCUCCGUGUUUCAACUUUCAACUAACUCCUUGCACAAUUUUGCUUGGUAUAAAAUGUUUUUCUUCUUUGUUCAGAGCAAGAAGAGGCAGCUCAAAUUUCCCCCAAGUACAUGAGAUGGCAUCGAACAACAUCAAUUUCUUCUUCAUCCAGAAACCUCCUAGGCGUGAACUCAACUGAUCAAACUGAUGAAUACACAAACAAUCUCUUCACUAACUCCUGUAUGAACUCAGGAAGUCUUGCCUCAACCUUAGACCGACUGCAUGCUUGGGAGAAAAAACUAUAUGAUGAAGUCAAGGCUUGUGAGAUUCUUAGAUGUGAAUAUGAUGCAAAACGAAAGCUGCUCAGACAGAUAGAAUCUUUGGGGAAAAGUCAACAGAAAAUUGAUAAAAAAAGAGCAGCUGUGAAGGAUCUGCAUUCAAGAAUCGGUGUUGCAAUUCAUAGAAUAAACUCCAUCUCGAGAAAAAUUGAAGAAUUAAGAGAUGAUGAACUACAACCUCAGUUCGAGGAGUUGAUUGAAGGAUUAAGGAAGAUGUGGGAGGGAAUGCUCAAUUGCCACGCGAUUCAGCUCCACAUAAUUUCAAUAGCACAUUUACCCGGAAACAUAAAGCUAUCCAUAAAUUCAGAGUCUCACCGGCAAAUCACCAUCCAUCUUGAGAACGAGAUGAUUUCCCUAUCUUCAACCUUUACAAAGUGGGUUGCUGCUCAAAUGGCUUACGUGAAAGCUAUAAACACGUGGCUCACGAAGUGCGUUUCCCUGAAAGAGCGAUCAUCCAAGAGGAAAAAAAUCCCCCAAGAAUCAAAGCUCAGAGAGUUGGGGCCACCUAUAUACACGAUAUGUGGUGCCUGGUUGGACAUGCUCCGCGUUUUGCCUGCAAAAGACGUUGCGGACGCUGUGAAGGAUUUAGCAGCAGAAGCCACUCAUUUCUUGCCGCGACAAGAGAAAAGCAAAGGAGGGAAGGGAGAUGAGGCCGUGGAUGAUUUGGUUGUCGAUUAUGAUCAAUUCCGUACAAGCAUGGCUCUCUUCCUUAGUAAGUUAAAUAAUUUCGCUGAAUCUUCCGUUAUGAUGUACACCAAGCUGCAAUGUUCUGUCCAAGAAUCAAAAAAGAAGUACGCUCAGGUGAAGCCCGCGGACCAAGAACAUUCUUUUUUACUACACAUAUAAUGAUCUACUCCUUAUAUAUAAUAGUUACAUUAAACCAGCAACCAAGGGAUGGUGGGAUCUGUACAUGGGAUAAAAUAAAAUGAGGUAAAUUCAUCUGAUUUCUGUAAAGAUUGGUUUGGGAGACAAAGGGAUAUGAACUGGUAUAGUCAUUUUAAACUGUAUAGAGAUGAACUUUAUAGGAUUUAUCAAUAAGCAAAAGAUGAAAAG